AUGGGCGCGCACGCCGCUCUGCUUGUGCGCCCGCCUUCCCCAUCCUUCCUCCUCUUUACUGCAUUCCUUAUCCUCUCUUGCACCGCCAUUGUGAUCUCCUCGGACGCAUCGUUAGACUCCGAGACCCUCUUGAAGUUCAAGAAUGCUUUCGGGAACCCCACCGCUCUUGGGAGCUGGAUGCCCUCCACGACUCCGUGCAAUGGUGAUAACGGAAACUGGGCAGGAGUUCUUUGUUGGAAAGGGAACAUUUGGGGUCUGCAGCUUGAGAACAUGGGUCUAACAGGCGUAGUGGCUGUGGAUUUUCUUGUUCCCUUGACUUACUUGAGGACUUUGAGUUUCAUGAACAAUAACCUCUCUGGUUCCUUCCCUGACCUACGGAAACUUCCUGCGCUCAAGUCGUUGUAUUUGUCGAAAAACCAGUUCUCCGGCGAGAUCCCAGACGAUGCAUUCGUGGGCAUGAAUUAUUUGAAGAAAGUGUUCAUGGCCAAGAAUGCGUUUACGGGUAAAAUCCCUUCGUCGCUCGUGCACUUGCCGAGGCUUUUGGAGUUGAAUCUUGAGGGGAAUCAUUUUGAUGGAAGCAUACCUGAUUUUAGGCACAAGGGUUUGAAGAUGGUGAACGUAUCCAAUAACCAAUUGGAGGGUGAGAUUCCUACGAGCCUAAGCAAAAUGGACACAAACUCAUUUUCAGGCAACAAAGGUUUAUGUGGACUGCCUCUGGAGCCAUGUAGUAACGUUCCCAGCCCCUCUCCGACACCCGGCCCGCCCCCCUUGGUGCCCACCUUGACCGAGAAGCCAUCCAGUUCUCGGAAGGCGGGCACGAUUGGCAUAAUUUUCGUUCUAGCGGUAGCAUUGGCAACGGUUGUCAUUUUCGUUGUGUGCUUCCGCCGGGCACAAGCAUCCAAGUUGGACCGUUCCAUGUCGCUUGACGGGCAACCUAAUUUAGCGGCUAUCUCGGCUGGGAACCAAGUCGAUCACCAUUCGCAGGAGAAAGCGAAAAAGUCUGAACAAGGGAAGUUGACAUUUGUUAGGGAAGAUAGAGAGAGGUUCGAUAUGCAGGACAUGCUCAGAGCCUCAGCGGAAGUGUUGGGGAGCGGGAACUUCGGGGCAUCGUACAAGGCUGCGGUGUUCGGGGGGCAAGCAGUGGUGGUAAAGAGGUUCAAGCUGAUGAACAAUGUAGGAAGAGAGGAGUUUCAAGAGCACAUGAGAAGGCUAGGGAGGCUAAGACACCAAAACUUGCUUCCUCUCGUGGCUUACUACUAUAGGAAAGAGGAGAAGCUCUUGGUCUUCGACUUCGUCCAAAAUGGCAGCCUGGCAAGCCACCUCCAUGGGAAUCACACGGUGGAUCGGCCAGCGCUAGAGUGGCCAGCACGUUUGAAGAUCAUCAAGGGCGUGGUGAAGGGCAUGGCUUACCUCUACAGUGAGCUCCCCAGCCUAAUGCUCCCCCAUGGCCACCUGAAAUCUUCCAAUGUGCUCUUGAACGAAUUCAUGGAGCCCCUCUUGACCGAUUACGCUCUCGUGCCUCUCAUCAACGCGGAAGACGCCCAGCAGCUGAUGGUGGCCUACAAGUCCCCGGAGUACGCCCAGCUCGGCCGCACCCUCAAGAAGACCGACGUCUGGAGCCUCGGGAUACUGAUACUGGAGGUGUUGACGGGGAAGUUCCCCGCGAUCUAUCUUACGCAGGGCGGUGCCAGCGGCACGGAUUUGACAAGUUGGGUGGAGUCGAUUGCGAGGGAAGAGUCGGCGGCCGAAGUGUUCGAUAAGGAGAUGGGAGACACGAAGAAUGCGGAGGGCGAAAUGAAGAAGCUGUUGAAGAUUGGAUUGGCUUGCUGUGAAGAGGAUGUGGAGAGAAGGUGGGAGUUGAGGGAGGCUGUGGAGAAGGUUGAAGAGUUGAAGGAGAGGGAUUAUGAAGAUGAAACAGACUUAAUUAAUUAACUAACCUUUAUAGUGCUGAGCUCGUGAAUUUGUGCAUUAGUCAUGUUUCUGUUGAACUGAACAGAUUGCAAAAAUUACAAUUAAGGAAAAAAAGCAGUACUGUAGUAUAUGUAUCCUAUAUAUGUACGUACGUAUAUGUAUGCUUCAUGAAGGCCGUCAUGAAGAUGUGGGGAAUGCUUAUUGCUACCUGCUGACUGCUAAAUCUUAAUGCCUCCAAGGAAAAGGGUGAAAUGAAAGUUGGAAUCUCCGCUAGGAAUUGAGAAUUUA